AUGGUUCGUUUUAAAAAUCGUUGGGUUCUAUUCCAACUCGUAGAGGAUCCAGUUCUCGAGCAUGGCAAAGUAGUCUAUCCCAAGACACAACUCGAACUAACUGACGCCAUGAUAAGCAAAACCAUUUUCCAAGCAAUCGAACUCAAUUAUGGACACUUUGGCAAAGGUCAAGGGAAUGUGACAGUGAAAUGGUAUAAUUCAAUCACACGUAUUGGUAUUCUUCGAGUGCCCCGAGAUUAUACAGACAUGUACCUGUCCACCAUCUUCUUUAUAAAGCAAAUUGGCAAUAUGGCAUGCAGUUUUAGUAUUUUGCGUGUAUCAGGCACAGUGAUUUUUAUACAACAAGCAGCCAUUGAAUGGGACCGACGAUUUUAUUUGAAAGAACAGGCAGAAGCAGAAAAGAAAGGAGAGCAUUACAGUGCCAUUGACAAGAUUGAAGCAUCUAAAAAGACAUUAGCAGCACUUUCAUAA